GGAAAAAUCAGUCUUUGGUUUCCCUCGCCCUCAUUCGUAAGACGACCAAGUAUUGUCGGGCGGCGUAUGUGGCUCACUGAUAGCAGAGUCACCGCAAUUUUUUUUUUUUUGAAAAAAAAAAUCUACACUCAGUUAGGCGGAUCCUUUGGUCUUACUCCUGAGUCAACUCCUGUCAUCUAGACACCCACUACAUCAGCACAUCCAAGACGCAUUUCGACCUUAUCAACCUGAAGGAGGCUGCCCAGCCAAAACUGUUGCAUGUUAAAGAUUCUGCAAAUUCGAGUGUUCCAAAGAGGUGACUCAAAUUAUGCAGCUGUUUCUUAGACCGAGAAGCAAAAUAAACUCAUAAGCAGCAGCCGACCAUUUUCGACAUGCUGCAAUUCAGGGCGGACGAGUCCCAUAUGUCUGGUGGCGAGUCUAUUACUCAGAACUACACCAGUCGCGCCGCCGAAGAUGCUGCCGAGCACGUCUCAAACGAUGCACUUGAGUCAUCGAUUCCCGUUCAUCCUCUUGGAGUGAAGCCUCUGGGGAAUCAGUACUUCGCACCUGGCGGCAACGCACGGCGGAACAUCGGGGCUUUCCAAAUACUGCCUGACGAGUCUUUGAUGCUUUUGCUUGAACAAUUUGAUGCGCAUACUCUCAGGGUGCUGGGGUACACCUGCAAAUUUUUGUUCGCCUUCUGCAGCUCGGAUGAUCUGUGGAAGACUCUAUUCCUCGAAUCACAUGAAGAGAAUCCUCGCCCUUUCGAGUGGUUUGGCUCUUGGAAAUCCAGCCUCCUUGGCUCGACCAAGGACAAAAAUGCGAAAGUAGACUGCAGCACCGUAUUCUCCGAUGUUCUGCAUCGUCCCUUCGUUUGCAGCCAUGUGCCUUUGGCAGGAUAUGCCGCCGGGAUUCCAAAACAAAAUCAAAUCAGGAAGUUCCCAGAUUUGACGUAUGAUGACUUUGCGGACAAAUGGAGUAGCACUCCAUUUGUGCUCACCGACGUCGUGCCUGCUUGGCCCGUCUAUAAACAAUGGAGCCUCGACACCUUGUUGAAAAAAUAUCCCGACGUCAGUUUCAGGGCCGAGGCCGUAGACUGGCCAUUCUCGACGUAUCACCAGUACAUGCUCGAUACCAAAGAUGAAAGCCCUUUGUAUCUCUUCGACAAAAGGUUCGCCGAAAAGAUGGACCUCACUGUUGGUCGGCAAGACGGUGCUGCCUACUGGAAACCUGACUGUUUCGGGCCCGACCUGUUUGAGCUCCUCGGGUCCGACCGUCCCGCACAUCGUUGGCUCAUCAUCGGUCCGGAAAGGAGCGGCUCAACAUUCCACAAGGAUCCAAACGCAACCAGUGCAUGGAACGCGGUGAUCGAGGGAGCCAAAUACUGGAUUAUGUUCCCUCCAUCAGUGCAGGUGCCCGGCGUGUACGUAUCUGAGGACAACAGCGAGGUGACCAGUCCUCUUAGCAUUGCUGAGUGGCUUUUAGAGUUCCAUGCCGAGGCCCGCAUGAUUCCCGAGUGCGUCGAGGGUGUAUGCAACGCCGGAGAGGUUCUUCAUGUUCCCAGUGGCUGGUGGCAUUUGGUGGUGAACUUGGAGGCUGGAAUUGCCCUGACACAGAAUUUCGUGCCGAAAUCUCACCUUUCGGAUGCCUUAAGUUUCCUUCGGGACAAGCCUGAUCAGGUCACUGGAUUCAAGAGGGAAAUACAAGAUCCAUAUGAACUGUUUAGGAGUGGCCUCGAGCAGAAACACCCUGAGCUGCUAAAGAAGUCUUUGGAGGAGCUUGAGCAGCGUACGCAAAGAAAGAGGAAGUGGGAUGCCGCGGUCGGACCACACGGAGAAGCAGAGGAGAAUGGCGGUGGCGGUGGCUUUACAUUUGGUUUCGGUGGCGGGGAUGACGAUGACAUCCCCUAAAAAAACCGAUGCAACUAUCACGAGUAAAUGUUGGCAGUUUACUCAGACAUUACCAGGAUGCAGGCAAGCAUGGCAGUGCUGGUAAAGAAAGGCUGGUAAAGAAAGUAGCCGCCGGCACUCUUAAUAGCCAACCAACAGUUCGUGGUAUAUAUCGUGUUUACGUAUUUUUUUAGAGCACAUGCACUGUGUCCAGCUGUUGAGAUGAGAUGACAGGAUUUUGCGGCAAACUCUGAGUAGGUACAUCAAAUGAUGGACAUAUGGAUGGAUGAAUUUCAGAGAAGGCAAAUUGGC